AUGGCAUCAGAAGCAGAGAAAACAUUCCAGCGAUUUGCUGUCUUCGGAGAAUCAUCAAGCAGUGGCACUGAAAUGAACAACAAAAAUUUCUCUAAACUGUGCAAAGACUGUGGCAUCAUGGAUGGCAAGGCAGUCACCUCCACUGAUGUGGACAUCAUGUUCAGUAAAGUGAAGGCCAAGAAUGCCCGAACCAUCACAUUUUCAGAGUUUCAAGAGGCAAUGAAGGAGCUGGGCCAGAAGCGGUUCAAGGGGAAGAACCCAGAUGAAGCCCUGCAGGCUGUUUUUAAACUCAUGGAAGGCAAGGACCCUGCCACCACUGGAGUUACUAAGGCAACAACAGUAGGUGGAGUAGAUCGUCUGACAGACACCAGCAAGUACACCGGUACCCACAAGGAGCGCUUUGAUGAAAGUGGCAAGGGCAAGGGGAUUGCAGGACGGGAAGAAGUGACUGACAACACUGGCUAUGUGAGUGGCUACAAGGGUGCUGGCACCUAUGAUAAGAAGAAGUAG